CCCUCCGGUCUCCCGCCGCGCCCCUCCCUCCCGGCCGCCCCGGAGCGCGGCGAUGGGGGCGCUGCUGGCGCUGUGCCUGCUGCUGGGCGGGCUGCGCGGGGGCCCCGCGGGCGCGCAGCCGGCCGGGGAGUACUGCCACGGCUGGGUGGACGCGCAGGGCAGCGACCAUGACGGCUUCCAGUGCCCAGAGGACUUCGACACCCCGGACGCCACCAUCUGCUGCGGCUCCUGCGCGCUGCGCUACUGCUGCGCCGCGGCCGACGCCCGCCUGGAGCAGGGCGGCUGCACCAACGACCGCGGGGAGCUGGAGCACCCCGGCAUCCCGGCGCAGCCUGUCUAUGUCCCUUUCCUGAUUGUGGGCUCCAUCUUCAUCGCCUUCAUCAUCCUGGGCUCUCUGGUGGCCAUCUAUUGCUGCACCUGCUUGAGACCCAAGGAGCCCUCCCAGCAGCCAAUCCGCUUCUCCCUCCGCAGCUACCAGACAGAGACCCUGCCCAUGAUCCUGACCUCCACGAACCUCAGAGCCCCUUCCCGGCAGUCCAGCACGGCCACCAGCUCCAGCUCCACAGGGGGCUCCAUCCGCAGGUUCUCCUUUGCCAGGGCGGAGCCGGGCUGCCUGGUGCCCUCGCCACCCCCGCCAUACACCACGGGCCACCCCAUCCACCUGACCCAGCCGUCCGGCUUCCUGGUGUCACCCCAGUACUUUGCUUACCCGCUCCAGCAGGAGCCCCCACUGCCUGGGAAGACCUGUCCAGACUUCAGCUCCAGUUGAUAGGCCCGGCUAUAAACCCAGCCAGCGCGCAGCACCAGGGCAAAAGGCGGGACGCUGGCCGCUGUCAUUGCCACAGAUGUUGGCGAGGAGACUUCCCUCGAACCCAGCAGUGCGUGGAGGAGAGUGCUAGGAAAACACGGCCCUUCCUGGCCUCCAGGCACCUGGCGGCCGUCACAGAAUGACUGUGUUAGGUCAUUGCUUUCAGGCUUGGAAAACAUGGUGAGCAGUACGUCUCCAUGUGCGCUACUUUUACUCAAAAGGUACCGUAGUUCAGACGUCACAGUUGCGUACAAGUUGGAGAUGUUUUAUUGGACAACAACUCAGCUGUACUGUUUAGGAAAAGUCUACAUGUUGUUUUUUCAUUAUAAGUUGCUUAGUGAAUUAUCAUACAAAUGUAUGCAUACAUAAGAAAGGGCAGUACCUGGUUGUAGGAGUUAUUAUUGAAGGUCCACUUAAAAGAAUUAACUACUAAGUAAAUGGAGGGGACUGUAAACAACCUAUUUAUGAUUUUGUGAGCAACCUAACCAUGAAUAAUAAUUAGCACCCUCAGAAACAGUUACUUUUAAAAUUAACGAUUACAUUGUGUUUAAAGGAUAAGAGCUUUUUUUCAGAAUACAAGAUUUCGAUAACCACAGGAGGUGUUUAAAGUGCUCAGUAUUUACUCAGCUAUUCAUGGGAACACAGGAUGUAUGUGAGCGCGUUUCCUCCCCAACUCACCGGAGGGAAUAUUUAUUGCAGACUUUUUGCUCAGCAAUCUUUUUUUCUGUGUAAGUGAACGUUGGACGGUUAGGUCUUAAAACAUAUGUAAAAUGUGUUAUGUACAAAUGUAAAGAUUUAUAAUUUAAUGGAUUUACCACAUUGACGGUACUAAUUAUUUAGUAGUCACACUGUAAUUUGUUAUGUUAAUAUUAACUGUGGAGUUCAAAGUCCAGCUACUGGUUAUAAUCAUCUAAUGUUACAUAUCCCAAAUGCCACUGAGUUCCAUGUCUGAUGUGACUAUGCAUUUGGGCAUGUAUCCUGCUGGGUUAGAAUAAAUAAAAUACUUGUUUUCGUGAAAUCUAUUUGGAAAUUUUAGAGCAAAGCUCUAAUGAUUUUAUCUCUUUAAUGAUACUCUUUGCUAUGCAAUAAAAAGAAAACUUUUACUUAA